UUUUGCUAUCUAGUGGACAUGUCACUGACACAUAAACCAAGAAACACCCUCCAUGAUUCCUCUGCCAAAUUGAGAGUGAAGAUGAACUCUGGAUUCCAACCGACAUGGCACCUGCAUGGCUCAGUAAUAAUAAAACUCCAACAAUUCCCAAUGUAAAAUAGUUAUUCUAUCUGUGUUUCUUCUUUUCUUUCUGAGCUUCUUUUUUAUCAACUGUUGUUGUAAGUUGAUCCCUUUUCUUCUGAACCAAGAAUAGUAUUUUGUUAGUAUUAUAAUGUUCAACGGAUCUGAAAUUCACCUCUCUGCUCUGCAACUCUCAGAAUUUCAUGGUUUGAAGUAUUAAGGUUUUGUUCUUUCUCUCCUCCCUCAGCUUUAGCUUUGAAACGCAUGAAACAGACUUGACAUACGAGUGUGAUAGUCUGUGCGCCGGUUACUGCUCAGGAUUUUGGGUCGAGAGACAUCUUUAUUAUGAAAUACGUGGAAGACAAGGAGAUCUCAAAUAGCAGUGCCGUCAUGCAUCAUUCAGAGUUUCAGAAUGGAAAAAAUGCUGCUCGAGUUUCGAAUCAUCGUCAUCGAAUAACUAAUGGAAAACCAACCCCAUCUAAGUGGGACGAUGCACAAAAAUGGCUUGUGGGGUUGUCAAAAGGAGGAGGGGGAGGAGAGAAAAGCCAGUCCAAAAGCAGCAAGCCAAGAAACUCAAAUGCUGAUGAUUUGAGAUUGAUAGCUCCUGUACCACAGAAGGAGCAAGAUUACUCAAGCAGUGAGAAGGAAGAAGAGGAUCAAGAACAUGAUGUGUGCCAUGAUUUCAUAACAACUACUACUAGUGAUGAUGCAGAAACCAAUAAAUAUGUUUCAGAACACACUUUGGUCCCAGUUCAAUCACUUUGUUUCAGAGAUAUGGGGACUGAGAUGACACCAAUUGCAAGCCAAGAGCCUUCAAGAACUGCUACCCCCAUUAGAGCAACAACUCCUGCAACUAGAAGCCCAAUUCAUUCAGGGACUUCAACUCCAAUGAAGGGUCAAAAUGGGUUGGAUAAUAAAGGUGCUGCUGAGGGUGGAAGUGUUUCAAGCAGAGGCAACAAUGGCACAAUUACUAGGCAGUGUUGUGGUGGAGAAGGGUCUGAGAAGAAGAUUGAAGAUCAAGCUAAAAAGUUAAGUCCUCUUGAAAGCAGAGCAAUUGCUUGGGAUGAGGCAGAACGUGCCAAAUUUAUGGCCAGGUUCAAGCGUGAAGAGGUGAAGAUUCAAGCCUGGGAAAAUCAUCAGAUAAGAAAAGCUGAGAUGGAAAUGAAGAAAAUGGAGGUGAAAGCUGAGAGGAUGAAAGCUUUGGCACAAGAAAGGUUCACAAAUAAACUGGCUACAACUAAGAGAAUAGCUGAAGAGAAGAGAGCUAAUGCACAAGUGGAGCUGAAGGACCAAGCUUUGAAGACUACUGAAAGGGUAGAGUAUAUAAGAAGGACAGGGCAUGUGCCUUCUUCAUUCUCUUUCAACUUCAAGUUGCCUUCCAUCUGCUGGUAGCAAGUACCAACUUAUAUGUAAUAUCAUUAUCUUGUAUGAAAUGUAAAACCUUGGGAAUCUAAUAUUUAUGCUACUUCUAAAAUAAUUGAAUUACAUUAUGCUUUC